AAAGAGUCUCGUAAUUGGUCCCCAGAAGCGCGCAUGCGUUUCCCGGAUAAGAGGGAGAGGAUGUUUUUUGAGCUUUGAUUAAUGAAGGCUGGCACCUUUUCGGGCGCGGACUUUUACCAUGGACACGUGUUCGGUCUCCAGGGGCUGCUUUGUGUUCAAGCCACAGUCUAAGAAGAGGAAGAUAACUUCAACAGCUGACUAUUUUUGUGAAGGUAAUAAUGACUCAGAGGACAGUGAGUUGCGAUUUGAUACAUGUCAGUCAUUAUGGAAACGGAUUAAAUCUGAAACAGAGCAAUUGCAAGAGGACUUGAAUAAAAAACUGUUUGAUAACCUCGUAAGGUUUUUGAGACAAUCUCAUUCGAAUUUCAAGGAGAAGAAAACAGAAUGGGCUUGUCGGAUGAAGUCAAAUGAAAUUCCUUCUGCUGCUCUUGUUCUAGGUGUGAAUGUCACCGACCAUGACCUGACAUUUAAAAGUCUUUCAGAUGCUCUCCAAGAAGAUGUUACUCCUUUUGUGGUGUCACUGAGGUCCAAGGACUGCCCAGGCGUAAAACACCUGCUGCAGAAGCUAAUGACUCAGCUGAUGGGCUGUCACACAGAUGCAGACUCAUCUGAAGAGGGAGAGUAUGCUAAGGCUUUCCCAAACAGGAUGCGCUGCUCUGUGUCAUCUCUUACAGAUUGGUACAGGAAUGUAACAAAGAAAAAAGAUCCUGACACACCAUGCAAAACCCAAGAAAUCUUAUCUAGGCAUUGGGAGCCUCCUCCAGUUAUAGUUAUUUUCAAGGACAUGGAAAGUUUCACAACAAAAGUUCUACAGGACUUCAUUAUUAUAAUCAGUCAGUGUAUUCAUGAAUUUCCUCUGGUAUUCAUUUUUGGAAUAGCCACUUCUCCAAUGAUCAUCCAUAAGCUACUUCCUCAUUCAGUUUCCUCUUUGUUAUGCAUAGAGCUCUUCCAAUCCCUUUCCUGCAAAGACCACUUGAGUACCGUAAUUGACAAGCUUCUUCUGACAAGCCAGUUCCCCUUUAAACUUAGUGAGAAAGUUCUACAAGUGCUAAUAAACAUAUUUUUGUACCAUGAUUUCUCUGUUCAGAACUUCAUCAAGGGAUUUCAGCUGUCUCUUCUGGAGCAUUUUUAUUCCCAACCACUGAGUGUGCUAUGCUGCAAUCUCCAAGAAUCUAGGAAGAGAGUAAAAUUUUUGUCACAUAGUCAGUGUGAAAACAUUAGAAGAUUGCCAUCUUUUAGAAGGUUUGUAGAAAGCCAGAUAUCACAGAAGCAGACAGAUCUGCUGACAGAUGAUGCAAGUUUAAAGGAAGAAACACAAGCAUUGCUGCAAAACCUGCACACUUACCAUGAGAAUUAUUUUCCUAUCUUACAAUGUCUCCAUGCUUUCACAUCUUCUCUUCCAAACUACCCUCUAGGUAGACAGAUCAGAGAACUGCACUGUGCGUGUUUGGAGAGGAAAGUAUGGGAGACGGAAGACUACGAGUCAGCUAUUCAGCUGGUGAGGAUGCUAGCUAAGGAUGAGUUGAUAGCCAUUCUUAAAAAAUGUGUGGAGAUUAUUACAUCCUCUUCCGUAAAAUGUCUUGGAAGCUGUACAGAGAAACUAGAAGAAUACCUGGGGCAGUUCAAGAAUCUUGAAGCGGCAGAUGAUCAAGAUAAGACUGUAUCUUCACUAAAAGAAAUUCAGAAGAAGACAGACCUCUAUCAUCUCCAAAAGACUUUAUUGGAGAUGAAGGAGUCCAGGAGACUCAAGAAACUAACAAAGUUUGAAAUGCUCCGUUUUGAAGUUGUUGACUUUAUAGACAGCCUUGUGAGAAGUUAUCUUGCACCUCCAGAGAUGCAGACUUUGUAUGAGGUGAUGUACUUCAGCAUGGCUGGUACCCUCCGUGAGCAUUUAAAUGCUGCCCCACGUGUUGCCAUUCACACUGCUCUCAACAAUCCAUAUUUUUACCUGAAGAAUGAAGCCUUGGAAAGUGAUACAGGAUGCAUUUCUAACAUAGCUCCUGAUAUCUGUAUAGCAUACAAGCUUCAUUUGGAGUGUGGCAGAUUAAUUAAUCUUGUCGACUGGUUAGAGGCUUUUUCAACAGUUGUAAGAGCUGCUGAUGAGAACUCCACUGAGAAGGAUCAGAUGGAAGAAAUUAUCCAUGCUCGUUUCAUUAGAGCAGUCUCAGAAUUAGAGUUCUUAGGAUUCAUAAAACCUACCAAGCAGAAAACUGAUCAUGUGGCAAGACUGACAUGGGGAAGCUGCUGAUACCUGCUCUACAGAGUGGAAAUCUCAACACAAGGCUUUUGAUGAUGUGACAUCUGUGGUAGACACACUAAUUGUUGACAGUAAAAGAAUGUGCACAUUA